UAUUAGUAUGUAACAUUUUCGACUGUGAAACGUUUUGACAUUAUAGUAUUUUACUUCUCAAGACAACAACCGAAGUAGCUUGAUCCAAACAUAUUUCAAUGGUUGUAGCCUAUAUUUCCUAGUGUCGCUACUACCAAGCUAACGUCACCUUGUUAACUUGCUACGUGAACAUGCAAUAGGUUACUGUAGUUUAUAAUUCAUAGUUAUAAACAUUGAACAAUUGUAGUAAACCAGUUAUGUUUUUAUUAACUCACGCCCGCUAGCUAGCUAUUACACACUUUACUUGCUAGCUAGUUAACGAGAACCCAAGGUGGUUUACACAGCCGGUCAAUGAAAUCCAAUGGAGUCGUGAAUAAAGGUUACUUGCCAUCAGCUGUUUUGUUAGCAUGCAUGCCGGUUAGUUAACUAACGUUAGCGCGUGGGAGAUGUUGCCACUAAUUGUCAGUCAGUGACAAGUAAUAACUAACUAAUGCUCUUCCUACAGUUGAUAUAGGCCAAAACCCAAUACAACAUAUUUGCUGGUCAUGUGUUUGUGUUUUCUGGUCGAUUCAAAGUGAAUGAGAUGGCGACGAAUGAGGCAAGCUGUGAACAACCACAGAAGCGAGGAACCAAAGACAAACCGAAUGGAUAUUUUGCAGGUUAUGGCGACGAAGGGGGACAGCGUUCUUGUUCCUGGUGUUGUGUUCACUCUUCUCCCUUGCCUACUCCACUGAGGGAGCACACCAGAAGUAUGUGCAGUACCUGGAGAAGAGGUUCCUGUGGUGUGCCUACUGGGUAGGUUUGGGCAUCUUGUCCUCAGUAGGCCUUGGGACUGGCCUGCAUACCUUCCUACUAUACCUGGGUCCACACAUAGCAUCAGUCACCCUGGCUGCGUACGAGUGUGGUUCUACAGACUUCCCCGAGCCCCCGUACCCAGACCAGAUCAUCUGCCCAGAGGCAGGAGGAAUGGAGGGCAGCAUCUCACUCUGGUCCAUCAUCUCAAAGGUCCGGCUGGAGGCCUGUAUGUGGGGUGCAGGCACAGCCAUUGGGGAGUUGCCGCCCUACUUCAUGGCUCGAGCGGCCAGGCUAUCUGGAGCAGACCCAGAUGACGAAGACUAUGAGGAGUUUGAGGAGAUGCUGGGGCAGGCAGAGACUGCUCAGGAUUUUGUUACUCGAGCAAAACUGGGAGUUCAGAACAUGGUGCAGAAAGUGGGAUUCUUUGGGAUUCUAGCCUGUGCCUCGAUCCCUAAUCCUCUGUUUGACCUUGCUGGUAUAACAUGUGGCCACUUCCUGGUACCAUUUUGGACCUUCUUUGGAGCGACUCUUAUUGGGAAAGCCAUCAUCAAGAUGCACAUACAAAAACUGUUUGUUAUCAUAACGUUCAGCAAGCACAUAGUGGAACAGAUGGUGUCUCUGAUCGGGUCUCUGCCGAGGGUAGGUCCCUCCAUACAGAAGCCCUUCAGUGAGUACCUGGAGGCGCAGAGGAGUAAACUCCACCACCACACCGGACAAGGCACCCCGGCGAGUGAGAACUGGCUGUCGUGGGUCUUUGAGAAGGUGGUUCUGGUCAUGGUCUGUUACUUUAUCUUCUCUAUCAUCAACUCCAUGGCUCAGAGCUACGCCAAGCGACGACAACGGAGUCAGCAGCAGCGAUACUCUGAGGAGAAAACCAAGUGACGAGACUCUUGAGUCCCUCAGCUCUGAUCACAAACUAACCUCGCCCUCUUCCAUUCUUAAGAGGCUGAACUGACACUUCUGUGUUUGCUUACGGAUGUAUGUGCUGUUUGUUUGUCCCUCUUAUGGUUUUGUAGUUUCCCCUCCAUUUGUGUAACUUGUGUGAUUUUAAUAAUAUAAUGAUAGGAUAUGAGCAGUGAAGCAGCAGUUGGAUGUCAACUUUUUGCUGGCAGCUAUACCAGCUGCGAUGCCUUAUGCAAGGUGGAGGGUCCUACUUCCAUUGAACACAGUUCUUGAUCACGACUUGAUUUGUACAUUUUUCACUGUAUGGAUGGACUCUAUGCUGAUAUGAUGCUAAGGAUGUUUUCAGGGUUACAUUUUUCUUGCGUUUUUGUCCUGUUGAUCAGAAAUAGGCCAUCUGUCAUUCGCGUUUCUUGGAUUUGUUUGAAAUUCAAGUUUGCAAUUGGAAAUAGCAAUAUCAAGUCGUCUCAACAUGUUAUUGAUAGUUUGCACAUCCUGGAAAUAUUUUUUGGGCGGUAUGUAUGCACAUGCAUUUAGAAUGAUCUGGACAAACUAACUUGAACCAAAACAGAACUUACAUUACACUCGGCUAACUUGGUGUUAUUUUUAUUCUGUACAUUUACUGAGUCUCUGAUCAGAAUGUAUAAAAUGCCUAAAUCAUU